UGAUUGGGAGUCUCACAGAUCACGACCAAUAAUUGUUGAAGACUGGCAGCAAGAAGGAAUUGUUCUUGUUUAUAUUUAUUGCAUAUAGUACUCACCUUGCACCAUCUGCAAACUUUAGGAAUCGGCACUCUUGCACUCGGUAUAUUUAUCUGGUGCCUGAUAUGCCGCUUAAUAUCGCAAUUGCAUAGUUUAUCAGAAUAGUUGGUUGCUGGCCUAGGAAUAGUGAAGUGCUCAGAAAUGGACGAGGAAAAAAUUCUAUCGCGUACGUUUGUGAUUGAUUUACAAACAUCUUAACCAUCAUCAAAAACAUUAUUCCACUUUAAUCAUGUAUAACUCGAGUGAUCCCUUUUUGUAUCUAUCAUGUAAAAACGCACCAACUAUGUAGAAAAAAAGAUUUUAUUCUGAACAAAGAAAACAGUGAAACAUAGUUUGAAAUAGAAUUUCUGUCUCUAUUGAGGGAGCGAGAAAAAGACCAGGGUCUUAGAAUUGUAAAAGCUAAAGAUAAGCCUGGCUGUAAACCCGGUGACAACUAUAUGUCGAUAAUCAUUAGAACAGAGAUUGAAGGAAUUCUUGGAAAUGGCACUGCGUGUAAGAAGUCUUUCAUAACGAAGAGGUUUCCCUGCGACCCUCUGUUGGUAGCUUCCGUAAGAACGGCAGAGCUUUUCCGAAAUGAAGUAUAUGUAUAUCGAAAGUUUUUGCCAUUGCUGGGACCUUUUGGUCCAGAAUUAAUCUACGCAGAUCAUGAGAAAAUAAUUAUGGAGGAUUUGAGCCUAGAAAAGUUUUCUAUUCAUGAUAGACUAAGUUUACUAGACCUUGAGCACUGCACUGCUGUAAUAGAGACUAUGGCGUCGUUUCAUGCAAAGUCAUUGAGCAUAAAGCUGAAGGACCCUGCUUACUUUCAAAGACUGAUUGAACCAAUGAUAGAAGUUGUUUACCCGUCAGAUGAAAAGCCAUCUAUUGGCCGGUCAAUUGAGCAUAGUUUGAACUCCGCUAUUCAGAGUUUGGAGGCGAUUCCCACUUUAACUAGAGAAAUUGUGGAAGCAAUACAUUUUUUAAAGGCUCAUGUGAAUAAUGCCUACAAUAUUAUGAGAGAUCUAAUCAACUCCAGCGGAAAGCAUCAUGUUCUGACGCACGGAGAUGUCUGGAUCAAUAACAUUCUCUUUUCACGCAAUAAUAAAAAUUUGCGUGUGAAGUUGGUGGAUUUUCAGGGAGCCAGACAUGCAUCGCUUGCGACGGACUUUCACUAUUUUGUUUAUUCGAGUUCAAGGACGUCGGUAAUUGAAGAAAAUUAUGAUGAUCUCGUAAAACUCUACCAUAGUUCCUUUCUUCGCGCUCUUCAGGAAUUGAAUGUUCCGGAAAAGGAUUACCAGUGUUUAAAUGUUGAAUGGUUUAAUAAGGAGUUACGUAAAUAUGCACUUUUCGGACUUUUUUCCGCUCUUAGUUUAGUUCAUGUAAUUUUGACUAACAGCUCAUUAAAAAUUAACACAUCGGAAGAUAUUUCAGCGCACAGAUCAAAUAUUCCUAUAACUGCUGAAAAAACGAAAAGAAUAGAAUGUAUCGUUUCACAUUAUAUACGUACCUAUAUGUAAUAGAAAUUUAGGAAGAA